AUGAGUAAUGUCAACAUAACGUUCCCUAAACCAUCACCUUCAAAACCUGGCGUCGAUGGCAAUCCAAAUACAGAUGAGAAUGAAGAGAACGAAUCGAUUGAAAGUAUAGAGAACAAAUUGGGUAUAGAGCGGAGAGUGCAAUAUGGUGCAGAGAAAAUGUUGGAUGUAAUUGAGAAGAAGGGAAGUGCAGAUGGAGGUGAUCAGGAGAAAGUGAAGGAGAAUAUAACGGCUCAGUUGGAAGCUGCCAAUGAGAGAAUAAAGGCUUUGGAACAUAAGUUGGAGAAAUUGAGGGGUACCCCUCAGCGCACUAGAAGAAGACAACAACCCCGACUCAACGGGUAUCCCUCAAAUUCAUCUCUGGGCGCAGGUGGUGGGGGAGGUGGAGGGAGAUAUCAACCUUCACUUUCUUCCUCACUUUCAUCUUCGUUAUUGGGAAGUACAGGUCCGAACGGUAGUGGAAGCGGUAGUGGAUCAGUUAGACCAAAACCACCAAGGUUUUAUUCCAACUUGACUCCAGAGAAAUCAGAUAGAGAUAAAGAUCUCUUUGAAUAUCCUCAAUAUCAACAAAGCAAAGGGAGACCAUCUACUGGUAGAAGACCAAGAUCGAAAUCUGCUGGUGAAGACGCUUUCAACCAUAAUCAUAGUUCUGGUUCGUACGAUGUAGUAAAUGAAGGAAUUGGGACAUCUUGGAGAUCGCAAUCAUCCGACUCAAGUAUCCAUGAACAUGUACAUGACGAACACAUGAAUGUUGAUGGUAGAGGAGGAGAUGGGAAUGGUGUGGAUGAGAAUUUCGAAAUUUUGUUAGAUAAUUCUCGAAGAUCCAUCAAGCGGUUGAGAGAACUAGGUGGAGGGAAGGGGAAGGGGAAAGGGAAGGUCAGAGCAGCAGUGCAGGAGUCAAGGAGGAAUGAGGUCGAUGAUGAACCGUAUGAUGUGAUGAUUUACUUGAGUGAGAUAUCCAAGGCGAAUGAGGGGUUGAGGAUGGUAAUCGACAUGGAUGAGGUUAUACAGUCUGUGAUCCCCUUCCUGGGUGAUGUAGCCACUCCACGUCAGAGAGCUGCGGGGUAUAGGUUGUUGAGAUUCCUACUCACAAGGCAGGCUUGGGGAAAGAUGAUAGCAAGUGGUAUGGAGUGGUUGAUAAUACGCACAUUCACCCGCGACUCCAAAGCUGUCCACGAAAGGGAACAGGCCCUGCGACUACUCCGGGCAGUCAUCGUCCUCCCCCCUCCACCACCUUCUCGUCCAGCUUCUUCACCCUUAACAUCCAAAAGUAGGACGCGGUCGCAUUCCCGCCAAGCUGAAUUCGAGGCUCCAAUACAGAAGUUGCUAGACGAAAGAGUACCACUCACUGACGGGCUUGUGAGAGCCAUCGUGAGCGCCGCUGAGAAUCCGGACGAUGCGAUGAGGACAGUCUGUAUGGAAACGCUCGUCGAAAUUGGUGUCCUGGAUAUACGUUGUCUUGUUCAUUCCAAUGCGUUCAGAACGGUCUUAUUGGCAUUCAAAGAUGGACCUUCGGAAUUGGGACCAGCAAUUACGGGUUUACUGCUGUACCUGGUAAAUCAACCAAGCACAAGAGAACUGCUCUUACCUGGUGGUGAUCUCGAAGCUGUACUUGUUGGUCUGACUGAAGCAUACGGCAAAAUACCGACUCGACAACAUGCUAGACAUCUUGAAAACCUGCAGAAUACAGUGAGGAAUAUAGGGAUGUUACUUUCCUCUUGGUGUGGAGUACUGUAUAUGUGUAUGGACGAUUACAGAGCUGUCAAGAGUUUGAUAAGUUCAUUGCAUGUACCCAAUGCGGACAUGAGGAACGCCUUAAUGGAUCUGCUAUUUGUUUCGCUACGAAUCAAAUCUCCCACGUGGACUAAUGCAUUUCUAGACGGUAAAAGACUGACUGUGUACACUCGAACUCAGGAAGCUGCAACUCAGCAAUUGGUGGAUGACAGUAUCGAAGAGGAAGAUGCUCAAGGAUUGACUUUGGUAGACCACUUUGUCGCUUUACUAUUGACUGUGUUCCUGGAAGCUGGACUGCUAGAGGCUUUGCUCGCUGUCAUUGAAGAAGAUAGUGGUCUCUUGAAUCGCAAAGCGACUUUACUCUUGGGUGAAAUAUUGCAGAUGGCAAAUAGGGUUCUACCAUUGAGAUUCGCUGCUCAACUGCAGUCUCUACCCCAACUCUUCUCUGAGGCUACCGAUUUCAAGAAUCCUGGAGAAAGAAUGGCGGCGCUCUCAGCUCUGUCAUCUAUCGACAGUUUGAAUAGGAAUCAGAGUAAAGCUGGGAAGAAAGCCGCCAGAGACAAAACCAGUGCACUCGCAUCUCAACAGGAUCCACUGGAAAGAGGUCAAAGACAGGUGCAAUCAGUGAAAUUACGAUUGGGAUUACAGGUCGAGGAUAAACAGUUCCAGCAGAUGAUCGUUGACUCAGGACUGUUGCUUCAUCGCGAUCAUACUAAGUGGAACUACGAGAUAAUCGUUGAUCUGAUUGAAGGGCCUCUACUGAAUCCGAAAAGACUAGAUGAAGCUAUCAAAGCGACCAAAUUCGUUAGAAGGCUGUUCUCUUUCUUCCAUCCUUAUAAUUAUAGGUUUGCCGAUAUUAAGCGGACUAGGCCAAAUCAUAAAUGGGUGAAACUCGGUUGCUCACUCAUAUCGACCAUGCUCAGUAGCCCCGAAGGUAUCAAAUACAUCACUGAGGACAAACUGCUCAAACAGAUGUUGGAUUGUUUUAACGAGCUCGAUCAGUAUGUCGGACAGCCAACUGCACAACCAAUAUUUGCCAGAGAUCGCUUGGAGAAUACUCUUACUUAUGGUUAUUUUGAAAUGAUUGGUACGCUUAGUAGACAUCGUGAAGGGAUGAAGUUACUAGAAAAGUUCAAGUUUUUCACGUGCUUCUAUCAUCUCAGUGAACAGAGGAGCAGAGAUGAUAUCAUCCGGAUCAUCAUUGAAUGUUUUGAUUAUACUCUUGAUGCACACCCUCGGAUUGUCCUUUCCAAAGCGUUAACAUCGAGUUAUAUGGAAACGCGUCUUUUCGCCACACACCAUCUAGGUCGUUUGAUACAAGAGCAACCAAACUUGCUAGACUGGGGCUUACAACUUAUGAUAACUCAACUAUACGAUACGUCUAUGGAAGUCUGCGAUGUCGCUGUCAUGUAUUUAGAAGAGGCAUGUACGGAUCCAAAUAACCUCGAAAAGGUAGUACAGCUUCGACCGACGUUGGAACAUCUAGGUGAUGUUGGACAUCCUCUAUUCAUGAGAUUCGUAUCGACCAGUGUAGGGUUUCGAUAUCUCCAUCAGGCUCAAUACAUCGAGCGGGAACUUGAAAGCUGGCUUGUGGAACGUAAUCUAUUAUAUGUGAUCGAAGCAGAGACUUUCGUAUCCAAGACGAUACGACCUUGGUCGACUGACACUGUCGAAGAUUACUGGAUAUAUGAUGGACCUGCACCGACACAUUUUCUGGGAGAAAUGACCAAGACGCCCGAAGGCUGCCAAUUGAUCAAGGAGAAGGGGAUCGUAGCUGAAUUUGCCGAGAUAGUGAGAUUACAUGGUAUGGAAGCUAGUGAUCAGGGUGUUUUGACGAAUCUCAAGAGCGUCCUAUGGGCUUUGGGCAAUAUCGGAUCUACAGAAGGUGGUCUACCUUUUCUGGAGGAUGAGGAGAUAAUCGAAGAUAUCGUUGAAAUUGCUGAACAGUCACCCAUACUGACCAUAAGAGGAACAUGUUUUUUCGUCAUUGGCUUAAUAUCGAUAUCAAGGAUGGGAGCUGAAAUACUAGAAGAAUUUGGUUGGAUAUCCACCAGAACACCUUUAGGGCAUACUACUGGGUUAUGCUUGCCUAAUGACAUUUCUCGAUUCGUUCAUAUCGAUGUUUGGCAAAGACCCGAUCACGAAUCUUCCUAUCCAUCUCUACCUAAAUUGACAGGAUUGGAAGCGGAGAUCAUGACUUCCAUUGCCAACUUGUCUAACUACGUGUUAGCAGCGGGAGCAAUGAACAACCUUAAGAAAAUUCGGAAUCGACAUCCUCGAUAUUUCUCGUCAAUCACGCUAUUCCAUCGAGCCCUUCGAUCAGUGUCUACAAAUCACUAUCAAGCGCCUGUCCGACGAUUCAUUUUGGACCUGUUCGAAGUGAAAUUGGAUCCUGAGAUUCUCACUCAGCUGGUCGGUGUUGAAAGUAUGUCUUGGCGAAUUAGGCAUGAUUCCCUCAAUGAUGAUAAAGAUCAAGAUCUAUUUGCCAGGCAUACCACAACCACAAGCAGUGUCGAUGGUCGUUCACCAACGGGUGAUAUCGAAAGACGAAGCAGAUCUAGAUCAUCUCCUGGACCUUUAGGCUUGAUACCCAAACCUAAGUCAAACGAAGGAAUUCAAAUCCAAAAUAGAGGAAGAGGUAAAACAUUCAGUGGAUCUAGCAACCAUAGUAAUGGGAAUGGAAAUGGGACGAUAUACGAAGAAAAAGAUACUUCGACACCUACUACUGCAACUGCUAAAAAUGGUAAAUACGAAUUUGAAAAUAUUUCUCCUCAGAAGGAAAGAGAAAAAGAAGAUGUUAGUAGACCUCAAGAGAUGACCAGACAAAAUACGAAUUCAAGUAUAAGCCAAAGCCAGAGUCAAAGAAGUGUUAGUCUCAGCGCGAGUAGUACUUCUGAAUUGGAUGAUGAAGAGAAGGAAAGACAGAGACCGAUCUCACAGGUCAGGGGAUUUGGAAUACCUAGUUUGGCUCCUCCGAAUGACGAUCAGUGA